UAUUCUCAGACCUCCAGAGCCGAACAGAGUCGAACAACUGUGGCCUUAUAAAAAGGACUGAAAGCGGCGAGAAGGACGCACAUUUCAAGGUGGAAGGCUGAAUAAACUGCGCGCACAUUUGGAUGUAGAUUCCUGUCGCGGAAUAAAACACCGCUUGCACUGUGAGGCGACUACAGACAGGCUUCCUCCUCAGCUUCUCAAAGUGGCAUGUUCAGUCUGUCUGCAGCAACGCGUCAGCCGCACUGAGACGACAACAUGAAGGUGACAGCCCUGCUCAUCCUCUGCUCCUGUCUGCUGCUGGGGACUUUGGGGAAGCCACCAUUCCCUGAACAAGAGAAGGAUCCCAAGUUCUGGAAUACGUGGGCGCAGCGAACCCUGAAGAACGCUCUGUCGCUGCAGCGUCUCAAUAUAAACCAAGCAAAGAAUCUCAUCCUCUUCCUAGGAGACGGGAUGGGCGUUCCCACGGUGACAGCUGCCCGGAUACUGAAGGGUCAGCUGAACGGACAGAGUGGAGAAGAGACGCAGCUGGAGAUGGACAAGUUCCCUUUUGUGUCUUUGGCCAAGACGUACAACACCAACUCACAGGUGCCAGACAGUGCCGGCACUGCCACCGCCUACCUCUGCGGGGUCAAGGCCAACGAGGGCACGGUGGGCGUGAGUGCAGCUGCGGUGCGGUCCCAGUGUAACACCACCGAGGGCAACGAGGUCACCUCCAUCCUCAGAUGGGCUAAAGACGCAGGCAAGUCAGUAGGAAUAGUGACAACGACCCGUGUCAACCAUGCGACUCCCAGCGCAGCAUACGCCCACAGCGUGGACAGAGACUGGUACUCUGAUAAUGAGAUGCCGGCUGAAGCAGUGAGGGACGGCUGCAAGGAUAUCGCCAGACAACUCAUUGAAAACAUUCCCAACAUUGAUGUGAUUAUGGGUGGAGGGAGGAAGUACAUGUAUCCCAAGAACACGUCGGAUGUGGAGUACCCCAACAUCGCCAAGCACAGCGGCACACGGAAAGACGGCAGAAACUUAGUGCAGGAGUGGGUUGACAGAACGAAAGCUAAAAAAGGCCAUUAUGUCUGGAACAAGAAGCAGCUCUUAUCGCUGAACCCUAACAGCGUGGAUUACUUAUUGGGGCUUUUUGAACCAGCGGAUCUAGUGUACGAGUUGGAGAGGAACACUGAGACUGAUCCCUCGCUGACAGAGAUGGUGGAGGUGGCCAUCAAAGUCCUGAGGAGGAACCCCAAUGGAUUUUACCUGCUUGUAGAGGGGGGACGUAUUGAUCACGGACACCACGAGGGUAAAGCCAAGCAGGCGCUGCACGAAGCUGUAGAGAUGGACAAAGCCAUCGGCCGGGCGGAUCUCAUGACCAGCAUCCACGACACCAUGACCAUAGUCACCGCUGAUCAUUCUCACGUGUUCAACUUCGGAGGCUACACGGUCAGAGGAAACACGAUAUUCGGUCUCGCCCCUAUGGUGAGUGAUAUUGACCAGAAGCCCUUCACCGCCAUCGUAUACGGGAACGGACCAGGCUACAAAGUUGUUAAGGGCGUGAGGGAGAAUGUCUCCACUGUUGACUACCAGGAAAACAACUACCAGGCGCAGGCAGCCGUUCCUCUGAGCAUGGAGACUCACGGAGGAGAGGACGUGGCUGUGUUUGCUAAAGGCCCCAUGGCUCACCUGCUGCAUGGGGUUCAUGAACAGAACUACAUCCCCCACGUCAUGGCGUACGCGAGCUGCAUCGGCCAGAACAGGGAACACUGUUCGAAAAGCAGCGGCUCUACCACAUUACUGCCCGUCCUGUCCAGCAUCGCAACGCUGCUCACAGUCACCCGACUUCUCUGCUGACCUUCCCCCCUCUUGAUAGUCCUCGUCUUAUUAAUAACCCGCAAUUUAACCACUUACACAAUAGGUGGGUUUCAUGUGAUGUCACAUCACUCUUUCGCGAGAGCGAUAAAUUCAGAUGGAGGGCAGGAAGUGAAUUUACUGGAUCUGCUGUCUGAGGAAAUGCCUAUGUUUUGUGCAGUUUAUGGCUGCUCUAAUCGUUCAAAUGGAGAGAAUGAAAAUCGAUUUUUUUAGAAUACCAAAUGCUGUAGUCCAUAAAGGUGAGAAAUGUGAAAAGCUAACUGAACAACGCCAUAGGAAAUGGAUUUCCCAGGGCUUUUCAAUUAACUGGCUCCCGGCCGGGAAAACGGGUUCCACAGCGCCACCAACUCUUUGCUGGUCUUGAACUGCAAACUGCUUAUGUCAGGGGCUGGGGGCGGGGCUAUCUGACCAACAAGACUAACUCGGUGCCGUUGAGAGAGACCAACAAAAAUGUGUAUUCUCAUUUGUUUAACUGCAAUGUGAUUGAUACGGGCGAGCUAGCGUGCUAUCGUGAGCGUGCUGGUGUUAACGUUAGCGGGCGAUCGAUAGCGUGCUAGCGUUAGCUCGCGAGAUCAAGACCAACUCGGUGACGUUGAGAGAGACCAACUUAAACGUGUGUCAUUCAUUUAUUUGAUUUGUUUAACAGCAGUGUGACUGAUACAGCGUGCUAACGUUAGAGGGCUAUCGUGUGGACUAUGGUUUCCUCCAUGUUUAGGCUACCGAUGUUUACUUCCUGUCAUCCAUUUGAAAUCGCCCCGCCUUUGUACGUCAUCAUCAUCACGUGACUGAAACCCACCUAUACAAGACUUCGGAUUUUCUAAUUUUACGCGACACUGAUUUGAUCAUGGGACCAUUAUUAGAGCUUUUGUUGUGUUUUAAUUCAUUUUGAAAAGCACAAGGAUAUCUACAAGGAAAUAUAUAUACAUAUAUACAAGGAAGUUCAGUUCAGGCAAAUAUUUAAAACGAACAAACUACCCCUCGACCCCGAUGCACUGAAGUAAAAGUGAGAGAUCUCAGCUGUGAUUUGUCUAUUGAAUAGUUUGUUUUUAUUAGAGGUUUUAGGACCCGUUAAGCCUCUUUGUUAAAUGUCAACCCUUUAGAUUUUAAAUUGGAUUUACAAGUGUUUGAAUAUGUUUCAUACUUUAAAUGUGCUGAAAACAGAAUCUACCUCAUAUGCUUGCAAACGAUCUCUCGUAUUGACAAAAUUUACGCUGAAACCAGAGGCAACCGAAUGUAUAAUUGAUAAUACAGUAACAGCUCUACAUUUCUUGUCAUAGACCUUGUGCAUACAAAAAGCCCACCUACCAUUGUUGUAUCUAAUUACAGAAGCUGAAAACCUCUUAACCAUUAAAAGAAAUGUGUUCUGAU